AUCUCUCUCCUUCGCUGCCAAGUAACGCAAGCUAAUACACUCGAUUCUUUUCUGCACAGCAACGAGCAACCAAAUCAAGAUGGCGGCAACUGUGUCUUCUCCUUGGGGCAAGCCUGGCGCUUGGGCUCUCGACUCUGAAGAACACGAGGAAGAGCUCCGUCGACAAGAACCCCAAAAGACCGAUGCUUCUGGUGAGUCUGAAUUUCCUUCUCUAGCCGCCGCCGCCGCCAACAAACAGCCUAAGAAGAAGAAGAAUCAAACCAUAUCUCUAGCUGAAUUCGCCAGCUAUGGCUCCGCCAAGUCGUCUCAACCCACCCAAUCCAGAGGCCCUACUCAUGAAGAUCUCCUCAAUCUCCCUACUGGACCCCGCCAGCGGUCUGCUGAAGAGCUCGAACGCUCUAGGCUAGGCGGUGGCUUCAAAUCGUAUGGUAUGGGCAGCCGUAACGGUGACGAUUCGUCGAAUUCGAGAUGGAGUGGUGGUAAUUCUAGGGUUUCUAGUAGGGACAGGGAUGUGAACAGAGAUUUAGCGCCUUCGCGUGCUGAUGAGACCGAUGAUUGGUCUAAAUCGAAGAAAUCACCGGUGGGCAAUGGCUAUGAAAGGAGAGAGAGGGGCUCUUUUUUCGAUUCUCAACCAAAAGCCGACGAAUUAGACAGCUGGGUAUCUAAUAAGCCAACAGAGACAAGGAGAUUUGGUGCCACUAACGGUGGAUUUGAGAGGAGGGGCAGUUUCGAUUCUCUAUCCAGAGAUAGAAGCGGGUUUAAUAGCGGCGGUGGCAGUGCAGCAGAUUCCGAUAACUGGGGAAGGAAGAAAGAGGAGGUUUAUGUAACAGGAAGUGCAAGGCCAAAGCUUGUAUUGCGGCCUCGUACAGUGCCUGUAAGUAACGAGAAUGGCACAGCAGCGAAACCCAAAGGCUCGAACCCAUUUGGAGAGGCGAGGCCGAGAGAGGAGGUGUUAGCUGAGAAGGGAAAGGACUGGAAAGAGAUUGACGAGAAACUGCAUUCUGUGAAGAUCGAUGGCAAUAAAGAAAAAGGUGAGAGAGGUAAUUCUUCAUCAUUCGGGCGGUGGAGCUUUGGGAAUGGGCGUGCGGGUUCUGGUGUUGAGCGGAGCUGGAGGAAGCCUGAUGUAGAUGAUUCCAGUUCUCGCCCUCAGAGUGCUGAGACAAAUGAGAAUGAUGAUGCCUCUGAAAAUGGCCAUUCUGCUGAGGAAGGACCUGCUGAAGGAAACUGAAGUUGGGGUCUUACUCAUGGGAUGAAGAGGAUUGAGAAAAAGAAAUAGUGGAGAGCAUUUGAAUUUGUUGUUAAUCAAAGUCGUUUAGUUUUAUUAUUUAUUUGUACUGAGUUUUGCCAUAAACUGUUAUGAUUGUUGAACAUGGGUCGGAACAAUUUUGUUAGGCCUUAAAAAGUAAUUAGCACUGAUUUAGCCUUGAUGAUUUUGUUUUGUAGCUGGAGUUGGAAUUUCUGAGAUGUCUUUGUUGUUUUUUCA